GCAACGACUUUUGAAGAGUCAGUCAAUGGGAAGGAACUAAAAAUCUCUCAUAAAUAAUAGAGAGAAGAAGAGAAAAGAUUCAUCACCACCAAACAAUUAAUCAUCAAAGAAGUAAGAAGAAGAAGCUCUACAACAAUGGCGAUUUCCAAGCUCCAUCUACUGUUUCUUCUCUCAGUCUUUCUCUCCCUUCAUCGUCCUGUUCUUUCCAACACCGAUGGAGAAGAACUUCUUUUUAAAGUAUUCAACCAAUACAGAACAUCAGUAAACCUCAGAACCUUAACAAAGAACAAAAACGCAGAAUGUCUCGCAGAAGAAAUCGCAGACCAAUUAAAGAACCAACCCUGCACAAACACCACUGGCUCAGCUUCAGUCCCUGGAACAGAUCCUGGAAUCCCAAAUUUCCCUAACCUCCUCGCUAAAUGCAGCCUCAACACAAACGUAACCAGAGACGGUUCGAUAAUGCAAGUUUGUGCUCCUAAGCAUGAUACGACCCCUGACUUGAGCAGUUUCGCCCUUGUCUUAACCAAGAACUUGAAUGAUUCUAAGUUCACUGGAGUUGGUAUUGGUUCUGAUGAUAUUUGGCUUGUUGCCGUCCUCACUACAAACACACCAGGUGGUAGCUAUUCUCUGGCCACUAACUCAGGAGCUUUUGCAUUCGGAGUUAAUGGCCUUGUUUCUUCAAGUUUGUUGUCUCUUCUCUUUUGUUUCUUCAUGUUUUGAGUCCCCACUUUUGGUGUUUUAAUUUUUCCAUGUUUUUAAGUCACCACGUUGUCUUUGUUUCUUAAUAUGUUGUUAUUAUGGUGAAAAUUUUUAAUAAGAGAAGAGAGUUGCAUGCGAGUUACAUUUUUUA